CUAACCCACACCCUAUGUCUUCUUCCCCCACUCCCACUCUCUCUCUCUCUUAUUCUCUCUCACUCUCUCUCUAGAGUUUCAAUUAUUCUCUGCCCUCUUCAAAUUCCCCUUCUUCAUCUCAUUUGCAACUCAUUGCAAUCACCACAAAACCUAAAGUGAGAAAAUGACUCAACAGAAUGUGGUAGUGUCGGAGACGAAAACCGGAAUCAACGGCGGUAAUAGUAGUAUUACCGUGGCACAGAAGCCACCGGCGGCACCCGGUGGUUACAUUCCCAUUCCGAGAAGGAGAAUUUUGAAGAACCUUGAAAUCAAUGGAGGACAGAGAAUCAAUAUUUCCAUUGAUUCCAUGAGAGCUUCUUCUCCAACUCAUGCAAAAUCAACUCCUUCUCUAGCUGAAGAAUAUAAUUCUUGGAUUCUUCAUCAUCCAUCUGCAUUAGACAUGUUUGAGCAGAUUAUGGAUGCUGCUAAGGGGAAACAAGUUGUCAUGUUUUUGGACUAUGAUGGUACUUUGUCACCCAUCGUCGACGAUCCCGACCGCGCUUUCAUGUCGGAUUCGAUGAGAAAAACAGUUAGGAAACUUGCAAGGUGUUUUCCUACUGCAAUUGUUACUGGAAGAUGCAUUGACAAAGUGUACAAUUUUAUCCGAUUGGCUGAACUAUAUUAUGCUGGAAGCCAUGGAAUGGAUAUUAAAGGGCCAACAAAAGAGUCUAAUUCCAACAAAAAUGACAAAGCAGAGGAAAUUCUUUUUCAACCUGCUAGUGAAUUUGUUCCUAUGAUAAAUGAGGUGUUUGAACAAUUAGUUGAGAAAACAAAAUCAACUCCUGGUGCUAGAGUUGAGAAUCAUAAGUUCUGUGCCGCUGUUCAUUUUAGAUGUGUUGAGGAAAAGAGAUGGAUUGAAUUAGCACAGCAAGUAAAAUCAGUGUUAAAGGAGUAUCCAAAACUUCGUCUUGCACAAGGAAGAAAGGUAUUCGAGAUUCGUCCCUCAAUUAAAUGGGACAAGGGCAAGGCUUUAGAAUUUUUGUUAGAGUCACUUGGAUUUGCCAACUGUAACGAUGUGUUUCCUGUUUAUAUUGGUGAUGAUAGAACCGAUGAAGAUGCAUUCAAGAAACUAAGAGACAGAGGACAAGGUUUUGGAAUUCUGGUCUCUAAAUUUCCUAAAGAAACUACUGCUUCUUACACUCUACAGGAACCCAAUGAGGUUAUGGAUUUUCUGCAGCGUUUGGUGGAGUGGAAAAAAUUAUCUACAAAAUCACGUUCUAGGGUGUAGAUGAAGACAAGACAUUGUACAUCUCUACCAGCUAUAAAAUACAUAACCUUUUUAUUUUUGUUUUUGUUUAGAAUAGGACAUAGAGCAAAAUUGUAUGAAAAAAGAAAAGAAAAACAAAAGUGUUUUUCUGAGUUUGAAGCUCGAAUGUCUAAAUUGAUGUAAUUAGGAAGUAAUUAUUAGUACGGGGAAAAGUAUAUGUACUAACCAUAUCAGAUAAUGUAAUUCUGGAAGGGUUAAAAAAUUGUACUCUUUUUAUAAAUAUUAUGAUUAAAUA